AUGUGGUUUUCUUCAAUAUUUUUAAUUUUAAUUUUUAUUCCAUUAAUUAAUUCUGCUGGGUUUAUUGGAAGACUACAAUCAACAGGAGCUAUUGGUAGAGUAACAUGUAACGGUAAUCCAUAUAAUGGUGCUUUGGUAAAACUUUUUGAUGAAGAUGACUUAGAUAUUGAUGAUUUGAUAGCUGAAACUAAAAGUGACAUGAAUGGUGAUUUUAAGGUACAAGGUUCACACAGAGAGAUUACAUCUAUUGAUCCAAAAGUUGUAUUAUUUCAUAAUUGUAAUGAAUUUAUUGCAAUAUGUUCAAGAAAAAUAACAUUAAAAAUUCCUGAUAGUUAUAUAACAUCUGGAUCCACACCAUCAAGAAUUUAUGAUAUUGGAACAUUAGAGUUAUCAGGAAAAUUUGAAGGUGAAGAAAGAGACUGUUUUCAUUAA